AUGUUCACAUUCGAGCGGCUCGGAGCAGUCCUGACCAAGGCCCUGCACAUAUUCUGCCCGCUCAUACACGCGGCUAUAUUCUCUGCUCCGGAUGAGGUGCGUCCGCUGAAGACCGCCCUGGGCUUCCUCGGCGGAGUGGGGUUGGGGCAGCUCUACUACCAUCUGUUCUUGGAGGAGAUACCGUUCCCCUGCCAUAUCGGGGUUUGGUUGGGAUUGGCUAUCAGUUUUUUGCUGGGCGUAGGCAUUGCGCUGUCGGUCCAGCUGCGCUGCAUAUCGCUGCUGCUACUUCCCGCCGGCUGCGGCAAGGCGGGCCGCGGCGUGCUCAAGGCCGUCAUACUGUCCUAUGUCAUUUCUGGUCCAAUAACAAACCUAGGUCUGAACGCGCGGGAGGUGGUACGAGUAUUCGCGUGUAGUAACGAGCUGCUGCACAACCUGUCCAUGACGAAGUACGAGCUGAUGCGGAGACCACUCGCCGACGCGCUACGCGGGCUGGACCAGGAGAUCGGGAGUGUUAAGGAUACCCUGAGAUCAGUCCGUGACGUAUUCGCGCCGAUAUCCUUCGAGAUGGAGAACUCGGACGAGGUGGAGGCGAUCCGGCGGAGCCUCUCCUCACUGCAGCUGAACCUCAGCCAGAUACCGCCCGCUAUCGAUGACAAGUACAAAUUGAAAGGAGAUGAAACUGAAAGCGAAAAAUACCAAAAGAUGUUCGAAAAGAAAAUGGAAUAUCGUUGCCAAAAUCAAUUGGCCAAAAGCGCAGAGCUAUGCAACUCACUAUUCUCGUCAGCGCUGCAGCGCUGCUCAGACGCUUUACCGGAAGCGCUGCGCGUGGUCUGCGGGCCGCUGCGCGCCGCCUACCACUGCGACCUGCUGUGGCUGCUGGGGGCUACGCCGUGUGACAAGCUAUGCAGCUCGCUAUACUCCAUGGCGCUGCAGCGCUGCUCUAAUGCUCUACCGGAAGCGCUGCGCGUGGUCUGCGGGCCGCUGCGCGCCGCCUACCACUGCGACCUGCUGUGGCUACUGGGGGCCAGGCCCUGUGAUAGCCAUGGACAGAUCGAUCCAGGCCUCGGCGAGGGGUACGAGUAUCUGAAGAAGUCCAAGGACUACCUCACCGGCGACUUCCGAGACGUGAAGCUGCAGUACAAGGUGGCCGCCGUGCACGAGCUGAACGACGUGCAGGACGCGAAAGAGACAGGCUUACGAGUGAUACACGCAUUUGAAGAGAAGCACAAUAUAAUGCGUAUCAUAUACGUAGUUCUCAACGUAUGCCUCGCGUUACUCUGUCUACGCAUCGUCUCAGCCGCCAUUACUUAUCAUGAGAUGUACCUGACGAGCAUAGAGUAUGAUAAUUUGUAUGUUACGGGAUAUUUCAAGAAGAUUGAUCAAAGAAGAGCGGAGAGGAGGAAGCAUUCACUGUUGCCGCUGAAGAAGAUGGAAAGAAGUCGCUACAUCGACAUACAUUCAUUGAAAUACAUAUCAAUAGAACGGCAGAAGCUGGUCAAUCGCAUGCUAAAGGUGAUGCUGGAGAUGAUAACGGCGACGACGUUCGUGAUGCUGGACCGCUUGUUCUACGAGGCGCUGGCGGUGGUGCGCGCGCACGCCGAGCGCGGCGCCGCCGAGCAGGGCGACCACGACCUGGAGAUCAACGUGGAAGGUUCAGGCAUGGUGGCCUCCCUCCUGCGCCGGGUACUGUCCGGGCUGGCGACUCACGCGCGAGUCACCCGCUCGGUCAGCAACCGCGAGUGUCUGCCGCGCCCGCACCCGCUGUCGCCUCUGUACUACUUCUACAUCUAUGGCGGUUAUCUGUGGAUUGUGUUGCUGCUGUAUUUUAGUGCUUAUACGCAUCGGUUGAGCAGACUAAUCUGCAGCUACUUCUACCCGCGGCGCGAAAAGCAACGCAUACUGCACCUCUACAACGACAUCUUAAAGAAACGUAUGAAGCUGGACAAGACCCUUCGCAAGACCGCGGUGCAGGCGGUGCGGGCGUACUACCUGUCUGGGGAGAACUUGUUGAGCUUGAGGAUGAGGUUCCCGCGGCUGCUGGGCUGGCUCAGUGUACUGCCGGCGGCGAGGAUGAAGUGCCUCGUUUGCGGGGAAACUGAGCCUAGCGAAGAGCCAGAAGAGCCGUGGCACGCGUGCAGCGUCCCCAAAUGUCCGUUCCUGUACUGCGCGGAGUGCUGGCGCGACGCGGGCGCGGCGUGCCUCGCGUGCGACCCGCGUCUGGCGGAGCUUAGCGAUGUGGACUCGUUGAUCCGUGUUGAAGCUAAAUGUCCGUUCCUGUACUGCGCGGAGUGCUGGCGCGACGCGGGCGCGGCGAGCCUCGCCUGCGACCCGCGUCUGGCGGAGCUUAGUGAUGUGGACUCGUUGACAAUCAAAAUAGUCCGUGUUCAAGCCAAAUGUCCGUUCGUGUACUGCGCGGAGUGCUGGCGCGACGCGGGCGCGGCGUGCCUCGCGUGCGACCCGCGCCUGGCGGAGCUUAGUGAUGUGGACUCGUUGAGUGAAGACGAUGUGAGGAUCAAACAGCAUUCAGUGUAUCCCAAAUGUCCGUUCCUGUACUGCGCGGAGUGCUGGCGCGACGCGGGCGCGGCGUGCCUCGCGUGCGACCCGCGUCUGGCGGAGCUUAGUGAUGUGGACUCACUGAGUGAGGACGAUGUGAGGAUUAAGUGA